AUGGCUGCCAUCAUCGAGAUCCUGCCGUGCUUCUUGUUGUCAUCGUCCAUCCGGGGAUGGCCGUGCACACCCGAGCACGGACUCAGCCGCGUUUCUGCACUGAAGCAGCUUCGUGGCGCGUGGGAAAGAUUCGCUAGCAUUGGAAGUGUAUUUGUGCUCAUGGUGGGCAAAUUCCAGGUCGUGAGCAACCUGCGGGAUGAGACCCCGCUGGUGCGCUGCGACCCGGCGGAGCAGUGGCUCACGCUCGAGGGCGGCGUGGGAGGCGUCCUGGUCAACGACACCCUGCGGGUCAACGGCGAUAUCGCUCCCGAACAGAACCUGCCGUACCUCUACCUCGCCGGCGGCUCCUCAGGGGUGCAGGUGAACUCCUCCUACGCCGAGAACCAGUCCGCCACGGGCGUGGCGCGGCUCUACUUGACGACUCAGAACGACACGCUGGCCGGAGGAAAGGGCGAGCUGGUGGCGCUGGCCAACGGCGGCGUGCAGCUCAACGCGUCGGACCAGUUCAUCAGCAUCACUACGUCUGGGCUGGCGAACCUGGCCGUCGAGCCCAACACCGGUGGGAACAACGACGGAGAGGUGAUCUUCGGGUACGGGUUUGUCAACCUGAGCGACCGGACCUUAAAAGAGAACGUCCGGGUCAUCCCGGAGGACGAGCUGCAAGAGACUUUCGACGCCGUGGAGCCACAGCUCUACCUUGCGGACGGCUUGACCCUUAAAAAAGCUGACGUGUUGCUUUUCAAAUGA